ACAGACGGCAUGUUAAAAUAAUUAUCAUAGUUGAAAAAUCACAAGACCAGCCGCCCCCUUCCUUCCUCCCACUCGCUUCACACCGGAUCCCAAAACUUUCUCAAUUUCACUUAAAUAUAAUAUCCAAUACACUCGGUAACAGCAACAAAAUCAACACCACUGUCGAUUCGAUAUGGCUCCGAUUGCUGUCGGUGAUGUCUUGCCUGAUGGAAAGCUCGCUUAUUUCGACGAACAAGAUCAGCUCCAGGACGUGUCUGUACACUCCCUUGCUGCCGGUAAAAAGGUCAUCCUCUUCGGUGUUCCCGGUGCCUUCACCCCCACUUGCAGCUUGAAGCAUGUGCCGGGGUUUGUUGAGAAAGCAGAGGAGCUUAAAUCCAAGGGGGUUGCUGAAAUUUUGUGCAUCAGCGUGAACGACCCCUUUGUGAUGAAAGCAUGGGCAAAAACUUACCCUGAGAAUAAGCAUGUCAAAUUCCUAGCUGAUGGAUCUGCAACAUACACCCAUGCUCUUCGCCUUGAGCUUGACCUGCAAGAGAAGGGACUUGGCACCCGUUCCAGGAGGUUUGCUCUCUUGGUCGAUGACCUCAAGGUGAAAGCUGCAAAUAUUGAAGGUGGUGGAGAAUUCACUGUGUCCAGUGCUGAUGAUAUCCUCAAGGAUCUUUAAAUUUCCACACCAGCACUAUUCUAAUGUUUUUGCAUCACUGAGGUUUAGUUCCUCCUGCUUUCUUUCUGUUUUUCUACUGGUCAUGCUUGAUGUUUUCAUGGAGAAAAGGAAUGUAAUGAAUUUGGCAUGGAGUUAAGGUUCUCGUCUGUAAUGGUAUCAUGGUAUGAGAUGGUUCUGCAAAUAAAGUGAUUAUAUGCUAAUAUAAUGCUCCUGGUUAGAAUGGUUAGUGUGAAGCUGUGUGGUGAGCACUGGAUAGCCACUUGCAGGAGCUUUACCUGUACUCGAGGUUGAAGAUAAUGUUAAAUCGUUAAAUGAGAACUUGUUAGAUUGCUAA